AUGUCGUUGGGCAUUGCGGAGCUCUUGUCUGAUCCCGGCACCAUGAGCAGCGCCGAAUCGGAGGCCAUCUUGGAGGCCCUGUCCACCAGGUGUACAGCUCCAUUGGAACAAAGAGUAUCAAGGUCAGAGUGGGCACAGGCUGUACCAGCACCGAGUGGUCAAAGGACGAGGCUCUGGUGGUGCCUUUCGCAUCAACCUUACCUGGAGAUGGAUUACGAGACAUCACAGGAGAUGUCGAUGGCGGCGAUGAAGGAGCAAGAGGAGCGAUGUGUUGCUGUGCGCAAGGAAAAAGGAGUGCAGCUCCAUCACGCCUCCAGUCUGCUGAACCUUGCCUUGGACAAACCUCCAGGCAAAGCAAGAUUACUGAGAUUUUACAAUGAUGUGCCCAUGGACAGGCGCGACGGAACCAUAAUGGCUCGUUCUGAGAUGUGA